UAUAAAUAAGCUUGUAGCACGGGACCCAGAAAAUUUAUCCGAAACCCAAACAACCAACCCAACCCAACUAGAUUCAUCAACGAAUUUCUCCCUUUUCUUCUUCGUUUCCUUUCCUGGAUUCCUUUGUUUCUCUUGCGCCUUCUUCCCCAAGCUAACUCCCUCUACUUCUUAAACCCCUCAAAAAAUCUUUGUUCAUCGUCAUUUCACAUUCCCCAUCGUCCACCGGGAAAUCAUGGAAGAGCAGAAGGGAUCGUCACCGUCGUCGGGGACGGGACGCCGGCUGGUGGUCGUCGGAGGCGGCGUUGCCGGUUCAAUGCUCGCCAAAUCUGCCCAAUUCACCGCCGACGUCACCCUCAUUGACCCGAAGGACUAUUUUGAGAUCACAUGGGCAAACUUGAGGAGCAUGGUCGAGCCUUCGUUUGCAGAGAGAGCAGUGAUCAAGCACCGAGAUUACUUCACGAAUGGGCGCGUCAUAACGUCCAAUGCUGUCAAUAUCACUGAGAAAGAAGUCAUAACCGAGGAGGGCGAAGCAGUUGGAUAUGACUAUCUUGUUAUUGCAACUGGCCACAAGGAUCCUGUUCCUAAGACUAGGAAGGAAAGACUUGCUCAAUACCAUUCAGAAAGUGAGAAGAUCAAGUCUGCUAGGUCCAUUUUGAUAGUCGGAGGGGGUCCUACCGGUGUUGAACUUGCUGGAGAAAUCGCUGUUGAUUACCCCGAGAAGCAGGUUACACUUGUUCAUAAUGGUUCAAGGCUGCUGGAGUUUAUUGGGCCAAAGGCCGGAGCUAAGGCGUUGAAAUGGCUGAAAUCAAGGAAGGUUGAAGUGAAGCUGGAGCAGCGAGUCGAUCUGGACAAUAUUGUCUCAGAUGACGCUGGCAGCAAAACAUAUCAUACCUCAUCCGGUGAAACUAUCCAAGCAGAUUGCCAUUUCUUGUGCACCGGGAAACCACUGGCCUCGUCGUGGCUUAAGGAUACCAUGUUGAAGAGUCACUUGGAUGGUAAGGGGAGGCUGAUGGUUGAUGAGCAUUUGAAAGUCAAGGGCACAAACAAUGUGUUUGCUAUCGGAGAUAUCACCGACAUCCCUGAGCUCAAGCAAGGCUACUUGGCGCAAAACCAUGCCUCGGUAGUUGCGAAAAACCUCAAGGUAACUUUGAACGGAGGAAGGCCGUGCAGAAUGAGCACUUACAAGCCAGGAUCAGACUUGGCAAUCGUCUCACUGGGAAGAAAAGAAGCAGUGGCACAGUUCCCAUUUACAACAGUUAGUGGCGUUCUUCCAGGCUUGAUCAAAUCAAAAGACUUGUUUGUGGGGAAAACCAGAAAGGCGAUGGGGCUAGACUCUAAUGUUGCAGACCACUGAAGCAUUGAUUUGUCGGUAAAAACUUGGUGUGACCGUGUUGUAUUUGUUUGUAUGUCUUCCAUACUGUUUUUACUUUCUCUGUAUUAAGGUUCAGCUGUGAGGGUUACGUCCUGUAAUGUUAUGAGCUUAUAGGUUCGAGCUUGGCCAAGUUGUUGUAUGAUAUGUUUUCUUUGUAGGGUUGAAUCCCGGGCAAUGCAAUAAUAAACUUUAUUAGGAGGAGUAGGACUUAGUUGGGAGAUUUUGCGCUGGUAUAUUUGGGUUUUACGCGGAUCAUAAUCAAACUUGGGCCGUAACUAGCUUAUCCCUCGACUUGAAUGGAAAUGGGCCUUGGUUUAAUGACGCCCAUCCGGCC